AUGGCUCUUAAUAAUCGGCAACCUCGGAGACUCGCACGAGCUUUGAAAACUGGGCACUGCAAAAACAGUGUUAAAAGUCUAGCUGCGGAGCUUUGUCUUGAUAGGGCUGCUGUUCUUGACUUGCUUCGUGACACUCCUCUAAAUCUUGUUAUGAUGAGUGCCGCCUUGCCUGAUGAACCUGCACCUACACUGGUGAUGCUGGAAACUUUACCAAUUGAAAUUGUUCCUGAAGAAACUGGAAACGUGAAUGUCACUGGGCUGAGGUGAAAGUGCCAAUUCAUGUUAUGCAGGGCAGCUGGUUUGCUCGAAAGAGACUGAAGAAAGUCCAUGCUGACACUCCCGAAAGAGUCUAUAGAAGAACUAGGAGACCCACUGUAAGUCUAGUUUUCUCUACCUUCUCUCUUGUGAAAAAAGUUGUCCGAGCGGAUAUUGCAUUUUUUGUGCUAUGAAAAAUGUGGAAU